GUAAACACAGGCGAAAGUUGUUCAUAAGAGUAAACAUGGCAAAAUUUGAAAACAUGUUGGUAGCUUUGUUAAUCUGUGCACUCAUACCGAACAUCACCCAUGUGGAUGCCAACUUUUCCAAGAGCAUGUACCUCACUUGGGGUGCUCAACAUGCAUCAAUCCUUGGUGAAGACCUUCAUCUUGUGUUGGAUCGAACAUCAGGAUCAGCAGCUCAAUCGAAGAGAUCCUUCUUAUUUGGGAGUACUGAAAUGCUGAUCAAGCUGAUACCUGGUAAUUCCGCAGGAACAGUUACAGCCUUCUAUUUAUCCUCAACAGGAAGCCAGCAUGAUGAGAUAGAUUUUGAGUUCUUAGGCAACACUACAGGACAACCAUACAUAGUAAAUACCAACAUAUACACCCGAGGAAAAGGAAGCCGAGAGCAACGAUUCUUCCUCUGGUUUGACCCAACUGCUGAUUUCCACAAUUACACCAUUCACUGGAAUCCCACAGAAAUUGUGUGGUUUGUUGAUAGUCUGCCAAUCCGGGUUUUCCGGAACUACGAAAAUGAAGGCAUUGCCUAUCCAAACAAGCAAGGAAUGAGGGUUCAUACCAGCCUAUGGAAUGCAGACAACUGGGCCACCAGAGGCGGGCAUGUCAAGACCAACUGGAAAGGUGCGCCAUUCAAGGCCAGUUUUUAUCAUUUCAGAGCAAGGGCUUGCAAGUGGAAUGGGGCAGUGAGCAUCAAUCAAUGUGCCUCCAAUAUACCAGCAAAUUGGUGGAACUCUCCGGUGCACAAGCAGCUGAAUCAUGCCCAGAUGAGGCUGUUGAAUUGGGUCAGAAAGAAUUUCAUGAUCUAUGACUACUGCACAGACGCCAAGCGAUUCAACGGACAUAUCCCUCCGGAAUGUUUCAAAACACAAUUCUAA